AUGAACACCAAUUGUAUUUCAAUAGAAGAAUUUUUUGCUAUCCUAAAAGCUGUGAAAGAUCAAAAUAUAGAGAAUUUUGAACAAUUACUUGACCAACAAAAGAAACUGAAAAAGCAUGAAGAUUCUAUAAAAUAUAGAGACCAUUUAUCAAAAGAACAGUUUUACUGCAAAGGCUGGUUAAUACUUACCAUAGAUACAAAUAAAGAUCAAGUAACAGUUGAGUUAACUCAUGAUUAUCAUACCAGGUAUAUUGAUGUUCGUAUUACAGAUAAAAUAAAAGAAUAUAUUAAAAAUAAUAUUCAACAAACACCACGAAUUUUAUGGAAAA